UACAGCAUGGGAUGGAGCAAGAAUAUUUUAGAGGUAGCAAGAAUAUAUGCAUAUAGACUCAAAUUAAUUUUUUCUUUUUUCCUUUUUUAUUUUUUAUUUUUUUUUUGAUAGAUGUGAAUGUGUUGUAGAUGCCCAGCAUAUUCAUGCAGAGGAAGGCAGUGAACUCUAUUUUAAUGCUGAGACUCUGACAGGUAGAAAGAGACUUGACUGGGAGAAAGGAAGCAAAAACUUUUGGUCAUUCUUAAAAUUUAUUUCCAGUUACGUCAAACUUCCUCCUAAUCCAAAAGGAUUUGUUUAGUACCCAUUUUUCACUCACCAAAAUUUUUGUCUCUGUCACUUCUCUGGUUGUUUCCAGGUUGAGCACAGGUUGGCUCGUGGGCUGGCCUUUGCUUGUCACCAAACCCAGGGAGUUCUCAAGCAGGCAAUGACAAACUCCUGGGAAAUUUCACAUAGCCAAAUCCAAAAGUAGACCUGAGGCUCUUGCAUUUGCUACUGUAGUCUAUAAAAAUCAACUUCCAUAUAAUUUGGGGAUUUUUUGGGAUGGGUUUUCUGUAUUCUUCCUUUAGACAAUCCUCUUCAGCAUCUUCCUGAGCUGUAAACUCUGGAAUUUAAUCUGUUCAACCGUACCUCAGACAGAUUCAAACCAGUGGAACUUGCAGUAGCAAAGAGGAUAGAAAAUGUUCCCCAGCACCUCCCUCUGCUCUGCCAGGCUCUGUGCAUAGGCUGUGCCAUUCUUGCAGCCAUGCAUCACAGCUGUCUGCAGAUCACAUCUGCCUGAUGAUUUCCACAGCAACUUGGGCAUUCAAGGCAGGAGUAUGAGCUGGGUCGCACGGGUCGCUGUUGCCGCUCCCGCAGCCUCCCGGCCGAGCCAGCGCAGCGCCCCUCUCCGCCGGCACCGCACCGCGAGCUGCUGCCGAGGAGACAGACACCUUCUGAAGUUUUGUGCAUGCUGUGCGCCUUUUUUUUAUUUGCUGCAACAAGAGAAGCCUUUUCUUUUAACCCGGCUCCCUUUGAAGAAGUAACUCAGGAAGCUUCAUGGCCUCUCAAGAAUCUCAGGGACAAACCAACCCAAUCUUUAAGGAUUACCUCCCUGGUUCUUCCGACAAUCCUCAGCAGAAUACGCCUGUUGAACCAACAAGUCUCUGGAAGCAAACAUCACACUCUUACAAUUUGCCACCUGGUCUGGAGUACCUGAACCAGCUGGACCAGAUAAUUAUUCAUCAGCAAGUGGAGCUUCUGGAAGCCAUCCUUGGCACAGAGACCUCCAGCAAAUACGAGAUAAAAAACCACUUGGGACAAAGAGUUUACUUUGCAGUGGAAGAGAAUGGCUGCUUUGACCGCAAGCUGUGCUCGCCCAUCAGGUCUUUCACCAUCCGGAUUGCGGAUAACGCGGGCAGGGAGGUGAUCCGAGUCAUCAGACCCUUGAGGUGCAACAGCUGCUGCUUCCCCUGCUUCCUGCAGGAGUUAGAAGUUCAGUCCCCACCAGGUACAAUAGCAGGGUACGUUGUACAGAACUGGGACCCUUUUCUGCCAAAGUUUACUAUACAGAAUGAAAGUAAAGAAGAUGUGCUAAAAAUAAUUGGUCCAUAUGCAACCUGUGGCUGUUUUGAUGAUGUUGACUUUGAGGUAAAAGCUCUCAAUGAGAUGACAACAAUUGGCAAAAUUUCCAAGUAUUGGUCUGGAUUUGUCAACAACGUCUUCACCAACACCGCCAACUUUGGGAUCCAGGUCCCUGUAGAUCUUGACGUGAGGAUCAAGGCAGUAAUGAUUGGUGCUUGUUUCCUCAUUGAUUUAAUGUUCUUUGAAAACUCUUUGGAUGGAUUAUAACAAGAUGACAGAAGCAAUGAAAUAUGCAGAAUGUCUUUCAGUAGAAAUCACUUGAGCUUUGGACAUGAUUUCGAACUGCAAAAAUCUUUGUUCCUUAUAGGAAAAGACAGGGAGCUAAUGAUGAUGUUUAUUAAAAUAUGUCUCAUGUAAAUAAUAAUUUCCCACUUACAUUUUAUAUUUGUUGUAGCUAAACACAUACUUUUCACACAGAGCACUGUUUCUUUGGAACAGUGCUAUUCUCUUCUUUCUCUUUUGAUCUUCCUGCAUGGGAAAUCAUGAAAGAUUAGAUGAAGGCUUGCAGCAUCACUGAUGAAAGUCUAUGUUUAUAGAAGCCUUUGAUGUUCUGCAAGUGCUGGUACCAGUUACUAACCACAUGAGGGUGUGUUCUGGGGGGUUUUGCUUCUUUUAUAAUUUUAGAAGUAAUUUUCUGAUUUGUUAUUUAAUUAAUAGUUGCAAGCUGAUUUGAAAGUAACAAAUAUAAUGACAUACCCGGUGGGAAGUUCAAGAUGUUAUCUGUUGCAGUGAGUUGGAAGAAGGAAGUUAUGUUUGCUAGAAAAUUAAUUUUGUGACAAAGAUUGUUUUAAUGAGUGGCAGCCAGAAAUUAGGCUUCCAGCCCUAGAUGUGGGAAUGUAAGGUCUAUUCUGAAAAUCUGUUCUUCCACUAUUUCCACUGAAGGCAGGCCAUAGAUAAAGUUUGAGAUAGUUCUCUGUGUGCUGGAGGCUCACAAAUCACUUCACUCUGUACUAGGCACUGUUAACGACCCUUGCUGCCUUCUACUCAAGGCUUUCCUUAAAAGGUUUGUUCCUCUUUGUAAUAUCUGGUGGCUGAUAAAUUUUCAUUCAGACUUGCCUGAGGCCAUCCUAGAACAGAAUUAUUCUUUUCCUUUGGCAAGCUCAAGUAUUUUCUGUGAUGACUGUGCAGAAGGAGCUUUUUGCAGUUCAGCAGUUUUACACAGCUGUUCAUUCCUGCAGCCACACCUCAUUGUACUGUUCCCAAACAUUUCCACCAACAGGCUUUUGCUAAUACAAGCUUCCUUUGCAGGAAUUAUAUAUGUGCAAGACAUAAACAGAUUUUUUUUUGCUGUUGUUGCAAAAUAUUUGCUGUAUGAACUUGCUUAUGCCUCUCAAAAACUGCCUUCAAGAAGCAAACCAGUACCAUGAAAUGUUGGUGACAAACCCAAUGGCUUUCAUAGUCUCCCAUCAAGUUUCUAAGGGGAACAUUUUACAAAUUACUAGAAAGGCUGGAUUUUUUUUAUUUUUAUUUUUUUUUUUGUGUGUCAACCAGUAAUUCAAUUCUUGCAAACAAGCAACACAUCAACGGAAAGAGAGGAGAUAAUGAAUAAUUCAUAAAAAUGAAAAAGAGCUAAAUUUAUCAGGUGAUUAAUUCUCAACAAAUAUUUAGACUAAUUUUAAAUUAAUGUUCAUGGAUAUGAAUUCAAACACAGUGAAGUCAGGAAGUUGUAACUAACGUUCCCUUAGUGAAAUUAACUCAGGAAUGCUUAUAGAUUUAAACAGUAUGUUUUAGAUUAUAUACCACACUUAGGUAUUUAUACAGAUUUACAUAUGUCUUGAAAAUAAUUGUGGCUAACAAGCUCUGACAAUCAUCAUUAUCUGUUAACCGUUUCACUUCUGGCUCUGGCUGUGGCUCGUAGCGGUGCAGUCAGGCUGCAGGAGUUGGGAGCUCCCAGGGAAGCACUGCUGCCACUUUCCCCAGGAGGGAGAGCCCUGUGAGCUUCGUGGGCAAGAAGCUCCCUCGUGUGGAAAUUCGGGAAUCUGCAGAGGAAUACAGGAUGCUUUUUGCUAUUCUCGCUAAUCUCACACUGGUGACGUUCUGUUAAAUGCAGCUCCUACAUGCCUGACUGUAGACUGAGAGAAAGAAACCGACUGUUUUUUUUCUUUAAAUGCCUUUGUCAUCUUAGACAGAAGUCGCUGCUAUUGUAGCCCACAAUCUUGGCUCUCGGGCACUGUUACUGAGCUGUGUGUGUCUGAACACUCGACUGUAUUCAGUGCCUUAAGAUCAGCAGGAUCCCCGUUUAUCUCCCCGCCUGCAAUUUCCAGCCUUCUUGUGGUCCUUAACAAGCCAAAGAAGUCUUUAAGCAAAUGUGUCCAACCUCAUUGAAGUCAACACAAAAUAAGGUUUUAUUUACCCACAGGGCUGAAUUUGGCUGUGAGCAUCCAUGUAAAUGUCUUGUAGCUAAGCAAUGUGUGUAUAUAUAUUUUUUUAAUGAAUUGCAACCAGAUGAUAACACUGGAUUUCUUGCACUUAGUGGCUCUUUUGCUGUUUUUUGUGUUAAUACACAAAAGGGUUGUUUUUUUUUUUUUCUCUUAAUGUGUAUAUAUAUGAGCAUUUUUGAAUGCUUCUGUUUACACUCAGAAUCAGCUUCUGGGCCAUACAAGAACAGGCUCAUUCCCUGGACAAAACAAGCAGUGGGGCUGGGAUAGCUCUUGCUCCUUAGAACUCCCUCAGCAGCCUGCUUGACCUCUGUGCCACCCUUCAGCAUCCUGGUAGCAAUUCAGUGCCAAUGCCAGUGCUUUUCCAGCUGGGAGGUCGGUCAUCUAAACCACAGCUGUCACACAAGGGCAGGUACCCAUCCUCAGCAGAAUCCAUGGAUUCUGCAUGAUAUUGCUAAAGAAUAGGUAACGUGUUCUAAAAUCUUAAUACCCUGCAGCUCUAACUAAUAACUCUUUCUUAUUAAUAGCAAUGUGUUUCACGUUGUGGGAGCUACAUUUGCCCACCUUUCACAAUUCCCCCACAGGCUAGGAGUGGCAAGUUUUUUUAAAGACAAAUUCAUGUCUUAGAUAUCACCUGGAAAGAAACCUGCUUGCUCUAAAGAAACGGAAAUUUUACUUAAUCCAGCCAAACAAUUUUUUUUGAUCAGUCGCCAAACUGUAAAUCUGUGUAGUUCACACUCCUUGUGCUCAGUAGAUGGCAGCAACAGCUCAUUAUGACAGUAUUUAGCUUUUCGCACAUCAUAAGCUGUACCCAGGAUACCUAUUGAAGUUCAACAUACCUUUAACCUCUAAUUAAAUUCUGCUCUUAAUUGAAGGUUUUAUUUUUUCUGUCUGAUAAAACCUUGCCACACAAUAAUGGAUUAUCUUUAUUGACUGCACUUUAGAGCUGAAUGAUUGGUUGUUUUUUGAGAUCUAGUCAGGACAUGGGCAGAAUACAGUCUACCACAAAAUGAGCCCCUCUGGUCAGUACCCAACCUAGUUUUUGCACCUGGAGCAUCUUUCCAGCUGCUUCAGGUGGACAGAGGAGAAGCCCCAGCCCCAGGACACUCCCCACCUUCUGCAGAAGCCAAAGUGCUGUGUGUAAAGGAGGUUGCUGUGUGGUGGUGUACCAGGCAGGUAGAAGGUUUCUGUGUUAAAAGGUCAUGUCAUGAUGCUCUGUCACUAUGUGCUGGGGCAGAGCAGGGGAAAUCCCCUGCAGUGCCACAAACCCAGGUGACACCAGCACGUGGGGAGGAGCUGGUUUGCUCGUGGGGAGACACUUUGUGUAAGAGAGUGAAGACACAGAGUUGCUGUAAAUUCUGAGAUUCUUUGGUUAUCUGAUAAUUUGGUGGAUGCAAAAGUACUUCUCUUCAUAGACUUUGCUAUGUGUAGUAAAGAAAUAAAUCUUUUUGUGUCAAUUUUGUUAUUUGUUUUAGGAUUAGACAAACCUGGAAAUUACCCAAAAUGCACAUUUUCUAAUAGAAUAGUCUAAGAAUCUAAA